UUAUCCCCUCGCCCGCAAUGGCUAAACCCAUGCCGCUCCCGACCCCGGCAGCCGCGGCGGUGGCGGUGGCGCCGGCGCGCUUCCCCGUCGGCCUCCUCCUCCACACAACCCCGCCUCUCCGCCUCCGCCUCCGCUCUCUCCUCACGCCACCACCCCAAAGCCGCUGCCUUUCCUCCCCCCUCCUGGCCGCCGCCGCCGCCACCGCCGGCAGGCGCGCCGCCAGGCCGCCGAACCCGGGGCAGGUCAUUAGCGAGGGCAGGGACGAGGACGCCCGCCGCGCCGUGUGCCCCGGGUGCGGGGUGUUCAUGCAGGACGCCGACCCCGACCUCCCCGGCUUCUUCACCAGCCCCUCCCGCCGCCCCCCGGAGGACGAAUUGGGAGAGGAAGGAUCCGUCGAUUCUCUGGAGGGUUUCGUCGGAGAUGACGAGGAGGACGACCGCCUGCCGUCGGAGUCGGAUCUCGCCGCCGAACUGGACGGCCUGGACACCGGAUUCCUCGAGUCCCUCGAAGAAGAAGAAGAAGAAGAAGAAGAAGAAGAAGAAGAAGAAGACGAAGAGGAUGAGGAGGACGGCGGCGGGGAGGCGGAGGCCGGCAUGGACGCCGGGAGCGGCUGGGACUCGGACUGGGACGAGGGGAUGGAGGAGGACGAGGAGGAGAAAUGGAGCAAAGAGCUGGACGGCUUCACGCCGCCGGGGGUCGGGUACGGGAGCAUCACGGAGGAGACCCUGGAGAGGAUGAGGAAGGAGAAGCUGUCCAAGGGGGAGCGGAAGCGGCGGGCGAGGGAGGCCAGGCAGGCCGAGGCGAGGGAGGACUCGUCGGCGGUGGUGUGCGCCCGGUGCCACUCGCUGAGGAACUACGGGCACGUCAAGAACGACAGGGCCGACAACCUGAUCCCGGACUUCGACUUCGACCGGUUCAUUUCGUCGCGCCUGAUGAAGCGGUCGGCCGGCACGCCGGUCAUCGUCAUGGUGGUGGACUGCGCCGACUUCGACGGCUCAUUCCCCAAGAGGGCCGCCAAGUCGCUCUUCCGGGCGCUCGAGGGGAGGGGGAGCUCCAAAUUGAGCGAGACGCCGAGGCUCGUCCUCGUCGGCACCAAGGUGGAUCUUCUGCCAUGGGAGCAGAUGGGGGUGAGGCUGGAGAAAUGGGUGCGAGGCCGAGCUAAGGCCUUCGGAGCGCCCAAGCUCGAUGCCGUGUACCUGGUCAGUGUUCAUAAGGAUUUGUCGGUGAGGAACUUGAUCUCGUACGUCAAGGAUUUAGCAGGGCCUCGCAGCAACGUGUGGGUGAUCGGCGCGCAGAAUGCCGGGAAAUCUACGCUGAUCAACGCGUUUGCAAAGAAGCAAGGUGUUAACAUCACAAGACUGACAGAAGCCGCUGUCCCGGGAACCACAUUGGGCAUAUUAAGGAUGACAGGUGUUUUGCCUGCAAAGGCUAAGAUGUAUGACACUCCUGGCUUGCUGCAUCCGUAUAUUAUGUCAAUGAGGUUAAACACCGAGGAAAGGAAGAUGGUUGAAAUCAGGAAGGAACUUCGGCCACGGACCUUCAGGGUGAAGGCUGGACAAUCUGUCCACAUUGGAGGAUUAACACGCCUGGAUGUACUAGAAGCUUCAGUUCAGACCAUCUAUGUAACUGUUUGGGCAUCUGCCAAUAUUUCCCUUCAUCUUGGAAAGACUGAAAAUGCUGAAGAACUGCGGGACAAACAUGUUGGCAUCAGACUUCAGCCACCAGUUGUGCCGGAGCGAGCCACCGAACUGGGCCAGUGGACAGAGAGGCGGAUCGAUGUGUCCGGCCUCAGCUGGGACGUGAGCAGCACGGACAUCGCGGUCUCCGGCCUAGGCUGGUAUUCGCUGGGCCUGAAGGGCAAGGCCACCGUCGCCGUGCACACUUUCGACGGCAUCGACGUGACGCAGCGCGACGCGAUGAUCCUCCACCGGGCCAAGUUCCUCGAGCGGCCCGGGUUCCUGCUGCCCAUCGCCAUCGCGAACGCCAUCGGCGAGGAGACCAGGAAGAAGAAUGCGAAAUUAAACGCCCAGCAAGAGAGUGACGACGACGACGACGAUGACGACCUUUCCGACGACGAAAGCGCCGGGUGACUGUGAGGUGACAGUAGGGAAAACUUUUUAUGAGAACUGUUAGUAGAUAGGAGUGAGAGAGAAUAGCUGUUGUUUGUGAAUUGUGAUGAUGUGUGUUGCACCCAGUGGGAAUGCAGAAAAGGCCACCGAUAAUUGAGGGGGAGGAGAUGCCCGUUCUGCCCCCCUUGCACACAAUGCAACACAAAUACAAUUGGGUCGUUGGUGCCUCUUGUUCCCUGA